UUUUAUAUAUUCAUGUUCUCAAGAAACCUACUCCGUUUGAAGGGCAGCCCUAGUUAUGGUAACUGGCCUUGGCCCACAAAACUACCUUUUAAAGAAAAGUGGUACCACGAACUCACUAGAGAGGAAAGCAUCAGUAGUGAAACCAGAGGUUUUUACGUUGUCGGGGAUAUUCUCCUGACUUGUGUAGUGGCAUUUGCAGCAUACCGAUUGUAUUAUCUUGGUUAUCACACGGACGCCUAUCAAACACACUUACACCACUUGAAUAAUUACCCGCCUGCAAUCAUAGCUAAUGAGUUUAAUUUUGAAAACCCAGCCUCCAAUCGAACGGUCGAACGAAAGGACCUAGACACUUACCGUAAAGAGGCUACGAAGCUCAAGGCCCGUGGCGAAAACCUUGAGAGCAUUAUUUUCAAGUUUUAGGUAAGCUACAACGUAGCAAAGAUUUCCUUAUGAACGCAAAAUAGAUUAGUACUUUUACCUUUUUGAAUAGUGGUUAAUAUGUGAACUGCGUUCUGGAUCCUUCCCCAAGGUUAGCUUAGGAAUAUAGAAGAAUUAGGUCUAAUAUAUUUGUUUUUCUAUUCAUUUUGAUAUCGUGUUGUCAAGAGUUUAUGUAUUCAAUAGCUCGUAAGUUUUAUACUUAUCAUUGCGAAACUUAUACUCACUUAGGGAAUAAAAUCUUAUCGCAAAAUAGUUUUGAUAUAAUACCACUGUUGAAAUGCCUUUACUCCCUCAAAAAAAGCCAGACCACGUUUCAUCUCAACAGUUAAAAAAAAAAA